AUGCUUCCAUGUCUUGAAAAAGUGUAUUAGAUGGUUCUGUAAACUCAACUCUAAUUUCUAGAUACUGAUCCAAUACUCUAAAUCAAAUUGCAGGAUCCAUAUCGAUUGAUUUUAAAGAAGGAAUAUGUGCACAUAUACAAGGAAGAUGAACCAUUUAUUUAUUUUUCAAUCUGCUUUCCAAAUGUAAUCCAAUGGCAUGUUAUUAAAAAUCUUUUGAUUGGGUUUUCAAUAAAGGGAUUUGAAUUUACAAGUCAUCAAGGUGAUUUACUUAAAAAACUAAAACAAAUCUUGGCAGGAAGAUUAUUUUUUUCAAAAGUUCAAGAUUUUUUUAUACCUUUACAAACAUUAGGAAAGGGAAGUUCCUCAAAAGUAUUAUUGGUGAAGGAAAUUGAUAGUGGGGAAUUCUUUGCUGCAAAAUGUGUAUAGAAGGAAGAAAUGCAAUUUCAGGAGAUUGAAAUCAAUAAUUAAUUAUAGCAUUCUGCUUUUAUUAAGGUCAAGGAAGUGUAUUAAGGAGAGACCAGCUAUUAUAUAGUGAUGGAUCUAUUGUCAGGUAAAAAUUUAUAAUCGUUUCUCGGACAUCACAAACCUUUACCCUUAGAACAAACAAAAUCAAUAAUGCAUGCCUUAUUGGAGGGAGUAGAAUACAUGCAUUCUAAGAACAUCAUGCACAGAGAUAUUAAACCAGAAAACAUCAUACUAGAAAUAAAAGGCGGGCAAGUUCGACUUAAGAUAGUGGAUUUUGGAUUGGCUACUUACAGUACUUUGAAAAGAUUCAGAUAUCCUAAAUGUGGUACUCCAGGUUUUGUGGCUCCAGAAGUCGUUAACCUACAAAAUAGUAAUCAGACUUAUGACAAGGUUUGUGAUAUCUUCAGUUGUGGAGUAAUCUUCUACAAAUUGCUAACAGGCAGAGAUGUUUUUCCAGGAUCUGGGUUUACCUAUGUUUUGGAACUCAACAAAAAAUGCAAUAUUGAUUUCUCUCAUUUAACUCUAUAAUUAUUGCCUGCUAAUUUGACAGAAUCUUGUUCAAAGAAUUUGAGACCUACAGCUAUUGAAUGUUUGAAUCAUGAGUUCUUUAAAAACAUCCAAAAAUAUAAUGUCUAUCAAAAGAAACAAGGAUUUUUGUAGUCCAAACAACAUACCGUUGAAUUUAAUUAAGACCAAGAAAUUUAAGAUUACUAAGGAUCAUUUGUGACAACAGAGAAGAUACAGAAUCAAAGCUAACCUAAAUAAAAACAAAAGACUAUGUAAAAGUUUAAUACAUCGCAAUUUGAUAAUAUAAUUUGA